GUCUAGUCUUCCCCUGCUUGUGGAGCCCACCUCACGCCCGCGCCCAUCCCUCCACACCCACCCACAGCUCUUCUCCGCCCUCAAACCCUCUACGCCACCAGUUUGGAGCCACAAGAUAACUUCCUACUCUCCCCCCCCCCCUCCUCCCCUGCACACUUGCUACUAUAACCUGUACUCUAUAUUUAAUUUUUACGGCCUCGACCUGACUUAUAGAUGCCCACUCCUCACGCGCCCUAACCCCACCCUCCUCCUCGCUCCCAUUACCGCCACCAGGAUUCUUCGCCUACUCGCGUAGCUAAUCGUCACUACUAGACUUCUCGAGCUCUCUCCCACGCCCACAGCCUUCACGCCUGCACACACAAGCUCCCGCCCUUCCAUCAAGAUGGAUCCUAUGACUUACGUUAUGAGUCCGCGAGGGAUACUGAAGGUGUCUCAGAUGGUGUUGGUGGUGGUGGUGGUGGGGUUGUGGUUCAGCCUUGUCCACAGCUGGCAACACUUCGUUACUGGCACCGUCUUCCUCAGUUUAUUCACCUGUUUUGGACUCUUUGCCCAGAAUGCUUUACACGGGCAUAGCAGAGUGCUGGAAAUCCUCCUGAGUGGGGUGUUGAGCAUCUUCUUCUUCGUUAGUGGCAUCCUAGUGCUCGCCAAGUAUUCUUCCAAGGAACCCGUGGCCGACGCCUGCGGCGCCUUCAGCUUCUUCCUCUGCGUCAUCUAUGGCCUCGAUGUAUUUUUCUCAUACAGGCAGGACUCUGAGUGAGGCGCGGCUCCAACAGUUUCUUUCUGCCCUCUUCUUCAGUGCAACAACUUCGGCCUCUCAUGAUGUUCACUAGCCCGGUUGCAUGUUUGUAUGUUUGGUGCUGCAACUCCCUUAUCUAGCUAGCACGGCAGCAUCCAUAUUCAUCAUAAAUCACAGUUUGCAGGGACGAUUGACAGUGAUGUCUGUAAAACAUGCACCUGGAAGUAAUCUUGCUCUCAAUUAUACAGUGUAGCCUAUGGAUGGACCGGUACUAAAGAAUGGGCGCCAUGGUGCCACUUGUCUUCUCAAAUAUUAUCUCACAUUCUGUACGCUAUGAUCCUCAACGGACAAAAUACGGGGAAGUGUGAAACUUAGCGGUUCGCACACAUCCGCGUUUUCUAUUUGUUGGUUGAUUAGGUAAGGUGGAUGUCCUGGAUUCGUGCCUUUUAGCACCCCGCAUUUUGUCCGGUGUGGCAACUCAAGAGAACGGGUUGGAUGAUUAGUAGAGAAUUUAUUUACAGGAUACGAUCCAUCAUGUUUGUUUUACAUCACAAUAGGCUACAUGCCGUUCUUGUUCUCUAUUUUUUUUUUGUAUAAGUACGAUCUAGUUUCAUAACUGAACACAUUUAUUAUAAACAAAAUGUUUAAGUGUCAUGAUUCCCUAACCAAUGGCCGAUAUGGAAUCCUAUUAAUGAGAACUAAAAUUCUGUCAAAAACUGUUAUUUAGCCACAAAUCUACGCUCACCUUAACAAUGAAUGGUAAGGGUGAAGUAACGCAAUCAUAAACACAUCCCAGUAAAAUACCGCAACGAAUCCUCCAGAAAUUAAUGGAAACACUUCCGUCUAGUGAGUCCAUGGACACAGACAACUACUAAAUAUAAAAUGUGGGUAAUAACUGCGUCGUCGUUUUACAAUAAUAAUAAUAUUUUGCUAAACAAUUGUCAAACAACUUCUACUUCAAAUUAUUAAAAUCUUAAAAAGCUAUAUAUUUGUAAUCCACCAUGGCAUGUACUGCUCUCUGUCUCUGUCUCUGUCUCUCUCUCUCUCUCUCUCUCUCUCUCUCUCUCUCUCUCUCUCUCUCUCUCUCUCUCUCUCUCUCUCUCUCUCUCUCUCUCUCUCUCUCUCUCUCUCUCUCUCUCUCUCUCUCUCUCUCUCAGAGAUUUUCUUCUUAGGUAUUUUAAUCUUAUGAAAAACAGUAGUAUCACAGAAAAGACAUAUAUCGAUGCUUUAUAUUUAAAAACAGACUUUUGGAGAAUGUACUCCAUCAUCAGUGCAAAAAAAAUAAGCACACUCGACAAAAAAAAAGCUAAAAUCGUAAAUAAAAAGUUCAAAGAUUUAUUAAAAUCAGUAUAUAUAUUAAAAUACUAAGACAAUAAAACCUAAUCAAACAAUAUACAAAGUAAAAAGUAAAAAAUAUAUACAAAAUAGAAAAAAAUACAACGUAGACAUAACAUAGAGAAGACAAUAGUGGGUGAGCAAUUAAGUCGAGAACUCAGAGUUUUCAACGAAUGGUCUCAUUUUGCCGAGGUAAAUGGAUUCCAUGAUAGUGAUCUAGUCGAUGACUUGGAAGUUAUCACAGUGAAAUCAGUGUGAGUGAAUGGCUGACACAUGGCUUCACAGCGAUCUUUGUUAAGUAGAGGACACAACUUGCCAAAGUUGCAGACAUACGGCAAAAGAUGACCCAAUGCUCACAGGUACGAUGAUAAGGUAGCAUCAUGAGAUAUUCCCCGGGGUAUCGAACCUUACAGUUCAAGCACUUAGAACAGAUAAACAACACCAGAUCUGAGAUCAAAAGGUAAACGGUCCCUAUGUUUAAAGUACUUACCAAAAGUAUGAUUAAUGGUAGACACAAACUGAAAGCUAAUAUGUUGAUAGGAAUGGAUUUCAUUAGGUCAAUUAGUAAAUGGUUUAAAUGUUGAAGGUUAUGUCAUCUCAAUAUUGUGAAGAGUAAGCUGGUGUGUGGUGGACCCAAUCACUGAACCGUUAAGAUAGCGAGGGGUCACGUUACAGAAACUGAUAAUGGCAGAUAACGCAUUUAAACCUUGAUGAAAAUGCUCUUUGUACUCAAAUGUACUUCUGCUUUGCUUUGUAUAGAAGGAAUUUAAGGAACAAAUAGAUCACAUCAGAUUGUUAGUGAUUAGAACUCAUCAUCUAUAUAUAUAGACGAUGUAAUCCACCAUCAAUCCAAAGAUAACUCAUCAUCUAUAUAUAUAGAUGAUGAGCUCAUAUUACGACCUGCGCUCUCAACACAUGCAUGACACACAAACAUGCGUUCUAUCGACCUUUUUUUACCCAUAUGUUUUAAGAGAUUUUUGUAUGUGAUUCAUAAUAAACAACUUCACGAGGGGUGUAAU